CAUGAGUCAGAAUCUACUCAAUCUAGAUUUCUGUGUAUCAAGGGCUAUUAAUCUGUUUUUGUGUUGAGGGCCAUGUUGUGCCUACCACUGUGUUAAUCACUUACUGAGCUUAACCAGGGGGACAUUUUGUGACAGUAGGAUUAGCAUUUUAUGUGCAAACUCUUGAAACAUUGCUAUUCAGUAAGCUUUUCAGAUGUGUACUGAAAGUCUUCCAAGUGUUUCAUGCUUUCAGUUGAAGUGGGGAAAUGAGAAUGGAAUCCGGUAUUGGGGUGGAAGGGAGAUUUAUUUUAUGGGAGUACAGUUUUGAGUUUUAUCCAAGCAUUUCUCUGAUAAAUAACUUUUCUUGAUUUUUACAACAGUGGCUUUGCCUUAGGAAUCAAGACUACACCUUCUUGUGAUCACGGACAGCUAUCAAAAGGCAUUAAUGUCAUCAGUAAAGAGCUGGAUAUCCUGGAAGAGACUCUGAUAUAAAACCAACACUGGAAAAACAAGAUCAUUGAAGAUAGGUGUCUAAAGAACUGUUUAUUUGGCAUUAUCUUCAGAGGUGAACUUUAAAAAAAAAUUGGGACUUAAAGAUUGUCAGUAAUUCAGACUGGUGUGUUUUAUUUGUAACAGAAAGAUGACUUCUCUACUAGUACCUGGUUUUGUCCAAAUUUGGAGCAAGAAGACUGGGAUGACUAAGUCAAAAGAAGCAUUCAUUGAAAUAGUGGAAGGAAAAAAGAAAGAUAAAUUGGUGAUCCAUUUUAGCGCUGAAGAAGUUAUAAAGGCGUUUCAGCUAACUAAUAAUAUUAGAAACAUCGUCUUUAGAUUCUUUGGAGGAAACCAAAAUCACUUCCAUGUAACUUUCCAAAACAAUAGCUUCUUGUUUAUUGACAGAUUGUCCUACAGCGAUGCCGAACAGUUGAAGAUGUUCCUGGACAAGCAUCAAAACAAGUUUCAACCAUCCAUGGAACUUGUUAGAGACGGGGGUAUCUUUUCCGGAGCAAUAACACAAAAGGAAAUCGAAACUACAUUUCACAGUGUUUCUAAGAAGACACAUACUGGAUCCUUGGAGACAGCUAAAGGAAGUGCAGCAGCUAUCCUUCAGAAUUUGCCUUCAUUUACAUCAAUAUCAUCAACACAUUCCCUUACAGGGUUAUUAGAAAGUGGACAUAAGAAGAGCAAAAGAAAAUCAUCUCGUCCAGAAAGCAAUGAAGACUUCUUGAAAAAGGAUAACUCUGUACUUGACAAGAAAUCCAUUGCAUAUCCCUUGAGGUAUAUAAGCCACACUCAGGAGAAACCAGUGGAUUUAAAAGGGUUAAAAGAUAAGAGGAAAGUUAAAUUUGGAACGUCAUUUGAGACCAGGCCUACUGGAAACUGUCACUUGCACAGUGUUCGUUUUAUGAAGGCAUUGUCUCGCAAAAGCCUUCUCACAUUUUUGUUCGAACCCAAGUACAACCACGAUGGCCUAGAAGAAUGGGAGGAGCAUGAACUGUCCUUUGACUUCUUCCCAGACAAACAAUUGCAAGGCUUCCCCAAUUUGGGAAACACUUGUUAUAUGAAUGCAGUUUUACAGACCCUAUUUUCAAUUCCAUCAUUUGGUGAUGAUUUACUCUAUCAGAGCAUCCCAUGGGGUAAAGUUCCCUUCAGUGGUCUUAUCUUGUGCCUGGCACAGCUGCUUGUUUUGAGAAACUUGUAUAACAUAAGAGUCAAGGAGAAACUACUACUAAAUAUUAAGAGAGCUAUUGCAGCGGUUGCGAAGAUCUUCUCUGAAAAUAUCCAGAAUGAUGCUCAUGAGUUUUUAGGCCACUGUUUAGAUCAGAUGAAAGAGAAUAUGAAAACAUUACAAGCAGUUUGGGAGAGUAAAUGUGAAUUUGAGAAAAGAAAUUCACCUCAACAGGCUUUUGCUGAUAGUGCUGCUAGUAAAGUGCUUAUUUGUCCUGUCACUACAAAUUUUGAGUUUGAGUUGAAGUGCUCUAUUACUUGCAAAGCCUGUGGUCAGGUUGUUCUCAAGAGAGAACCGAGUAAUUAUCUCUCUAUCAACCUUCCCCAAGGAGCAAAAGGGGUCCCAAUGUCUCUUCAGUCCUCUUUAGAUCUUUUCUUUGAAGCAGAAGAACUUGAGUAUAGGUGUGGGAAGUGUGAGCACGAACGUUCACUUGCGACGCACAUAUUUAGUAGGCUACCCAGGGUCCUUAUUGUUCAUCUGAAACGCUAUGGCUUUAGCGGUUCUUUGCCUUUAGGAAAGAAUGAACAGAAUGUAAUUGUUCCCACGUACUUAAACUUGUCUUCUCAUUGCAAUGAAAGCACCAAACCACCUCUUCCCCUGGGAAGCUAUGUCUAUACUGAGAAUUCUCAAGCUGAAAAAGUCUUUGAAAAAAUGAAUUCUGGAACCAUCAGCCCAGUGAUGCCUUCGACAAAGUUGGCCUCAGAAUCUAAAGAUCCCUUGACUCUCUGCCUUGGAUCAGACAAGGAGGCUGAGACACAAAAAUGCCAGGGAGUCUUUAAAGGGUUAAGCAGAGAACAGCAGGAUAAAAACCCAGGAAAAGAUUCUAAGCUCAAUAUAACAGAAUCAGAAUUGGUAAGCUCAAGAUUACGAGCAGUCAGUGAAAAGGAGCUGCUAGCAAGAGCCUCAGUGACGUAUGAGGAAGACCUCUCCCUUUCUCUGAUCCGUAAAGAUGGAAAUAAAACCAUCAGCAGCCUAGGUGCAGGUCUUUCCCAAGUUCAUUUUCAACGUGUGUCUGAAAAUCCAGAGCUUACAAAAUACAAGAAACCCAACAUGUUUUCAGAGUUAGAUUCUGACUGUGCCAGAAUUCCAGAAGGAUUCCAAAAAGUGGUUGUACAGCCCGGCAGUUGUGAUGGGGUGAAGCUCUGUGGGCAUUUUUCUGAGCAGGCAUGGUCUCCAAGCCCUCAGAAACCAGCCCAGGGGCACACAGAUAAUCUUAGAAGACAUACAGAAUUAAGUCUGCAAGAGGCUAAAGUGAAAUUACUGGGUGCACUGGGUUCCUGUAAGAACUCUGGAAACACAGACAUUUUAGAUAGGAAGAACAAAGAAGCUGAAGCUGAAGAACAAGAAAAAGCUCAGAAGAUAGAUCCUCAUGCCUAUCGCCUCAUCAGCAUUAUCAGCCAUCUUGGAAGUAGCCUUCAUUCAGGCCAUUAUGUCAGCCAUAUCUAUGACUUUGAGAGGCAGCUCUGGUUCACCUUCAGUGAUUUGCAGGUAACAAUUAUGAAAGAGACCCAGAGGAAAGGCGGGGAGAGGCUUUCCACAGGGUACAUCUUCUUUUACAUGCACAAUGAGAUCUUUGAAGAGCUUUCAAGAAGGGAAGAGAACUCCGAGCUUCACAGCACAAAUGCAGGGGAGAACUGUCAGGAGGGGUGACAAACAGACUGUUAGUUACACAGAUCUGUUUGACUGACUCUAUGCAAGAAAAACUGUGAGCUCUAUCCAGAGAUGAAGAGGCAAUUAGCCCAGGAUGAAAGUUCAUACAGAAACACUUAUAAAUGAAUCUCUGUUCUAAUCUGCCACAGACGUAUCAAUCAUAUAUCGUCAGGCUGAUGAGCACCCUUCUCCCUUACCAAAGUAGAGUAGU